CCAAAUGGGUUUUAAAAAUUUGUUUUAAGCAUCGUUUCCCCCUUAAUAUACGGCCAUAAGCCGCCUCCUUAAUGCCGUCCUUGUUUUGUUUCCCUUCGUUUCGAGUUUAUUAUUGACAUAUUUUCUUCCCCAUUUUCACUCCUUCCUCUCUCUGUCUCCCACUUUCAAAUCUAUCUCUCCCCCUUCUUAUGAUUUGGGGUUUCUGGGUAUUGCUUGGGGACCAUGGCUUCCAAUAUUGGAAUGAUGGACAGCGCCUACUUUGUCGGUAGGAAUGAAAUUUUGACAUGGAUCAACAAUUGCCUGCAACUCAAUCUCUCGCGCAUUGAAGAGGCUGCAUCCGGGGCCGUGCAGUGUCAGAUGAUUGAUAUGACCUAUCCAGGAGCUGUCCCAAUGCAUAAGGUCAACUUCGAUGCAAAAACCGAAUAUGAUAUGAUCCAAAAUUACAAGGUUUUGCAGGAUGUAUUCAAUAAGUUGAAAAUUGAAAAGCACAUUGAAGUCAAUAGGCUUGUAAAAGGUAGACCUUUGGACAACUUGGAGUUCUUGCAAUGGCUGAAACGCUACUGUGAUUCAGUUAACGGUGGCAUAAUGAAUGAGAAUUACAACCCUGUGGAGCGACGAUGCAAGGGUGGAAAGGAGCGCUAUGUGAAGGGUUGUCAGAAGACUGCAAAAUCACUGCAAGCAUAUAAUAUGCAUAGCCCUGGCUCUGUUGACCCAGUAGAACCAAGACACAAGCCGGGAAAGAAUGGCGCAACGGGCGGGGGAAAUUCUUCCGGAGAAGUUCAAGCUCUAUCCAAGGAGAUUACCGAUCUGAAACUAUCCGUGGAUCUCUUGGAAAAGGAAAGAGACUUUUACUUUGCAAAGUUAAGGGACAUAGAAAUCUUCUGUCAGAUGCCUGAAUUAGAAGAUCUCCCGAUGGCAGCAGCAAUCAAGAUGAUAUUGUAUGCAGCAGACGCAAAGGAAUCAGCACUGGCCGAGGCUCAAGAGUACAUAUACCAGUCAAAGAAUGGGACUGAAGAAGUUGAAGAUGAAAAUGGGGAGUGAAUUUGAAGU